AUGAAAAAAUCAUUAUUUUAUUGUAAAUUUCGACUAUAUCUCCGACAAUUGUUUUCAUUAACAUUGUUGACUAGUCUAUGUUUGGCAACGAUCGAUCAAUAUCUCGCCACAAGUUCUCGUCCUCGAUAUCAACAGUGGAGUAACAUGACAAUCGCGCAUCGGUUAACGGUUUUGAAUAUGAUCGUUUGCAUCGUUCAUAAUAUUUCAUAUUUGAUCUGUUAUGAUCAUGUCGUGUCGAAGAGCACGGGCAAACCAACUUGUUCAGCAAUAAACAAUUUCUUCCAACAAUAUGUCAAUUAUGUUAUUCUUCUUACUCUUGGAAGAAUUCUCCCUAUCUGGAUUACAGUUGUUUUUGGGCUUUUAGCUUAUUGGAACAUCCGGAGAAUUGCCUAUCGAACUUUACCAUUCGUGCGACAUAAACUUGAAAAACAAUUUACCAAAAUGGCUCUUUUUCAAAUUAUCAUCACUUUCCUUUCUGUUGCUCCAUACUUCAUUGUUUAUCUUCUAUCCAUAGUGUCGACAAUUACUCAAGAUAAAACCACUGGAGCCCAACUUCAGCUGGCGUCUACAAUCACUUUGUCCGCCCAUGUCGAUAGUUUCGCUAAUGGUACGCGUACCAUGACGUGCAUUAAUGCACUUUGGUAA